AUGGAUACACCCAGGUCAAUGUCGUUUGUUGAGGCCUCGUCCCAGCAGGCGCCGAGUUUCGUUGUGGUGUCAGUGCCUGUCACCAUUGGCCUCGCAAUAUUCGCAGUCCUCUCUGUUCGCUUUGUCGUGCAGAGACUUCGAAGGGCAUAUGGCUCCUCGCUCCGUCAUGUCCCAGGACCAUGGCAUGCCAAGUUUACCGACGUUGCCUUGAGAUAUCAUGACGUUGUUGGGGAUCGAUUCUACUGGCUCACUGACCUUCAUAAGAGGUAUGGACCCUACGUGCGGACAGGCCCGGAGGAGAUUGCUAUCUCUGAUCCCGCCGCCGUCAAGAAAGUCCACGGCCUAGGCACAGCUUUCCGCAAGCAGCUCCAGCCGGGGACUGCAUUCAACAUUUUCAGCGUUUCUGAUCCCAGGCUCCAUCGCGGUCGUCAACGAUUCUACGUCAACGCCUUCUCGAACGAAAAGAUCAAAGCCAGCCAUCUGCCUGCUGUCAGAACGCUCUGCCAGCAUUUCAUCGACGGGGUUCGCGAAGAUGCUUCGAACAACCCUACCCGCGCUGCUGAUAUGUACAAAUGGUGCAUGUUGUUUGGAUACGACGUUGCUUCGGAGGUAGUCUUUGGCGAUGCCUCCACGAAUGGACUGAUGGCUCAACGCAAGGGCAUCGAGGAAGUCAUGAUGGGCUGUUAUCUGCAGUUCCAAAAUGCGUGGAUGCUGUUCUCAUUCCCAACCUUUCUCGUUGCUCGCUGGCUCGCCCAUGUGGUUCCUUGGCUCGGCAACACCUUUGCCACGGAGAAGAGGUAUAAGCACUACAAGGACCUUUGGGAGCAGACGGAGAGGCAGAGGAGCAUCGCUUCCAAGACCACCUUUGUGCAGGGCGCCCAGUUUGACGACAAAGAGGGCAAAUACCAGCUUGAGGGUGGUUUGAAGAUGUCGGCGUACGACAUAACCAGAGAUAUCACCACAUUCCUUGGGGCUGGCGGCGAGCCGAUCGGCGCGACGCUGGUAUACCUGCUCUACAUCGUCCUGCAAAACACCAAGCUUCGACAGGAGCUUGAGGCUGAGACAAAAGCCCUACAGGAGCCCUUUACAGAUGCUGAUGUCGAAGGAAAGUGCCCACUUCUCGACGGCACCAUCUAUGAGUCUUUGCGAUUGUUCGGUGGAGGUCUGUCUAUUCUCCCUCGAUACGCACCAACGCCCCAAGAGCUCGGUCCGUAUGUCGUCCCACCGGGCACUUGUGUUGCAUCGCACAACCACCAGCUGCACCGUAACCCAGAAGCCUGGAAUGAUCCAGAGGCUUUCAACCCGAGACGGUGGAUGGUGCCCGGACAGAGCAAGGCCUUGCAGACAGAUGUCUUCCAGCCAUUCUCCAGCGGCGCUCGAGGCUGCAUUGCGAUACAUCUUGUCAUGACCGAGCUCAGACUGUUCACUGCCACCUUCUUUAGAGAGCUGCCGGACAUCACGUUGUCGGACACGGUGACUCCACAGAGUAUGAAAGUUGACGACCGCUUUCACUUCGCUCCUGUGUCAAAACAUAUGGAGGUGAUCUUGCCAGAGAGGCGCUCGUGA